CGCGCCGCGCGGGUCGGCGCUCGGCUGGCCGCGCCUGUCGCCCGCUGCCGCUGUCGCGUUGGCGCCGCGGAGGCCCGGGCGGGUCCGGGGCGCCAUGACCAACGUUUACUCCCUGGACGGGCUCCUGGUGUUCGGGCUGCUACUGGUUUGCACCUGUGCGUACCUGCGGAAGGUGCCCCGACUGCGCACCUGGCUCCUGUCCGAGCGCAGGGGCGUCUGGGGAGUCUGCCACAAGGCUGCUGUGAUUGGGACCCGCUUGCAUGUGGCUGUGUCCGUGUCCUGUCUUCUCAUGGCCUUCUAUGUCCUUCUGGGAAAAUGACCACAUGGGGAGCUGCUGGUGGUGUGAGAGAGACCCUGGGACCGACUAGAGAUCUUGUCACUGAUUCCGAAAACCCCAGUAUGGACCAGAGACCCCAGUACUGAUCCCAGCGUCCCAGUACCAACCAGAGACCCCAGUACUGACCCUGAACCAUCCCUGGUCCUGCCCCUGGCUGCAACCUGGAUCCUGCAUGUGGCAACCCAGGGACCAUCAUGGCUCAUCAGCCUCCGUGAACCCACAGAGAGCAGCUGUGGGGGCCAACAGGACAUUUUUAGACUGUUGGAAAAGGAUUUCUCGUGAAUUCUGUGGAGAAGUGGGUGAAGGGACCCUCAGGACUGGGGGACCCAGCUCUGCCUUGUGAGCCCCUUCUCUUGAUGCUGAGCAGGAUCCUAGUGGGACCAUGGCAGGCUGUGGGGGCCAAGCAGGGCCCCUGCCAUCCAUGGGAUCUUCCUAUGCUCCUGCAGUGUGGGGGCCCUUCAGGGGGGUCUCCUUCUGCGCUGGGGGGUUGGUGACCUCCGCAGGUUGUAAAUACUGGACCACCACAUACAAAUAAAGUGGGGGUUCCUCUGUGGCA